UCAUUGCAAAUGAAUUGUUUUCUUAUGUUGAUUCUUCAAUUUCAAGUUUUUUUGAGCUACUCAAACUUUCUUCAUCAUUGUUUUGUUUCGUUGAAAAAGUUUUGUUUUUCUUUGUUGUUUUGUUGAAUUGAUUUAUCAUCAUCAUCAUUAUUUAUAAAAGGGGAAAAAAAGUUAAAUUGAAUUGAAUCGUAACAAAAUGAGUGAAAAUCCUAGUAAAAAUGAUAAUGAUAAUGAUAUUAAUGAGGAUGAACUUGGUAGUUUACUUAACAACACAUUUAAUGAUUUCUGUAAAAUUUAUAACAAAAAUGAAUCAUCAAACAAAAAUGAUAUGAAUUUUUGUGAUGAAAAUCUAUCGGAACAAACACAUUCGAUUGAUGGUUCGAAUGUAAAUGAUUCUGAAACAACAUCACCAUUUUUGUCAUUAUAUGGAUCGGAUGAUGAACUUAAAGAAAAUUGGUCCAAAUUGGCUAAAUCUUGUAAUCAACCAGUGGACAAAGAUUUACACGAAUCAUUGUUAUCAUCAUUGAAAGUGAUAUCGGAAAAAGCGCAAUCAAUAUCCAAAGAUCAAUCUAUCUUUUCCGAUGAUGAAAUGGCUAAAAUAAUGACCAAUCUAGCUGUAUCAUCAUCAGGUGAAACCGGUGACAAUGAUGAAAACAUUAAAGAUAAUAUGUUUGAAUUGAAUAAAAUAAUGCCACUUAUGUCGAACAUUAUGGAAAAUUUACUUUCGAAAGAUUUUCUUUAUCCAACAUUAUCUGAACUCAAAUCAAAGUAUCCUGCAUAUCUUGCCGAAAAUCAAUCAACAUUAUCAAAAGAUGAUUAUUGUCGUUAUGAAAGUCAAUUGAAAAUUAUACGAAAAAUUUGUGAAGAAUUUGAAAAUGAUGAUAAUGAUAAAGAAACAAAUAAUGAUGAAAUGAAAUCGAUACGUUUUAAUCGAAUAUUAUCAUUAAUGCAAACAAUGCAAUCGUUUGGAACACCACCAUCGGCUUUAGUAUCUGGUAAUACUGAUAUGAUGUUUAAUGAUCAUUUGAAUGCAAUGAACAAUCCGGAUUAUGGACAACAACAACAACAACAACAACAACAAUGUAAUAUCAUGUAAUCAGCAUAUUCUAUUUACAUUCUAUCUAUUUUUUAAUCUAAUGAAAAUAUUUUAUUCUUUUUUAAAAAACCAAAUUGUGAAAAAUAAUAAUGAUAAUAAAAUCGAAUUGCGCAUGCGUCGAUCGAAUCCAUGA